CGAGAACAGAACUAGUGAAUGAUAUGAAACUGAACGCCCAGAUCCACCCAGAUGGCAGUACCUCCCAGUACGCCUUUCACCCCGCCUACGGCCAGGGAACCGCUGGCAGAUGGCCAAAGACAGAGACUUGGAAGCGGGGGAAGAUACUCGGAUCGGGAUCAUUCGGGGUAGUCUGGGUUGAACAAUGUGUUAGGAGUCAAGGGCCGGCCCGGCUGCGAGCUGUGAAGAUGAUUAAGAAGGAGCACGAUCCUUCCAAACAGGUCUACUGCGAUCAAGAGCUUGAAGCUGUGGCGAAGUUUUCUCAACCGAAGUACUCACAUCUAUUUGUGACAUCGUUCGGGUGGUUCGAGAACUCAGAAGCUAUCUUCAUUACCAUGGAACAUAUCGAUUUGAGGGACCUUCAAAGACACCUGAAGGGCCCAAUCCCGGAACCUGAAGUACAGCAAAUCUGCUUUCAACUUUUGCAGGGGAUUCAAUGUCUGCAUGAUAAUAGAUUUGUCUAUCGAGAUCUCAAACCUCAGGUAGGUAGAGGACCUAGAUGGCACGUCAAAAUCGGCGAUUUCGGAAUCAGCAAACGAUACAACGAAAGUGGUGCUUUGCAAACGAAGGCCGGAACGAAUCUUUACCUCGCACCUGAAGUACUUCGGAUGUAUCCUCCAGAUCGGAAGCCGCAUCCCUAUACAAAUCGUGUGGAUAUUUGGUCCCUGGGCGUGAUGUUGUUCUAUCUUCUUUCCUGCCAUUAUCCUUUCCCGAACAACAAAAGCCUCUCGUCGUAUGUUCGGAAUGCUCACUUUCCGUCAUUGAGUCUGCUGCAGUCGGUUACCCAUGAGGGGCAGAACUUUGUAAAACAUCUCUUGGCUGUAGAUGCAACGGUGCGGUUGUCUGCUAAAGAAGCCCUCGCGGAGGAGUGGCUAAGACAACCCGCCAGUCCGGUCUCAGGAAUAUCGCGGUUGGCAGUUUCCGAAAAGUUGACCCCAGCUGUUUCAAACCUAACGGACUCUACCUACAAAGCUUCGAGAGGCUGGGAUAAUGAGGAUGCUUCUUCCGCAAUGAUUGACGAGCUAACGAUUAGGGCUGUAAAGGGGCCACAGAGCAGAUCGUCAGCCCGACGAAAAUCCACAUCUGUCAAACAGGCUUCGAGAUCCGGUCCACUGGACAACUCAAACACACCUCAUAAUAAAGGACUGUCGUUACUGAACCAAAAGCAGUACGGAGAGGCUGAGAGGAUGUUCCGACAGGCCUUCGAGAUGCGCAAACAUGCUCUUGGUACCAAUCACGAAGACACCUUGGCUUCUCUUAGCUCGUUAUGCGACGCUCUUUUCGACCAGGAGAAGUACGCUGAAGCUGAAGAGGUAUACCAGGAUGUAUGGGUGAGAAGAAAGCGAGUCCUUGGGGAGAGUCACCCCGAUACCUUGAAGACAUUAUACAACCUAGGUAAUAUUGUCUACGGCAAAGAAGAGUUUGCCAAAGCCGAAGGCAUGUAUAGGAUUGCCUGGGAAGGUCAGAGGCGGGUUCUUGGGGAAUAUUGUGAAGAUACGUUGGAUUCCCUCGACGCCUUGGGUGAUGCUCUCUCCGGUCAAGACAAGUAUGUCGAAGCCGAAGAGGUGUACCGGAACGCCUGGGAAGGCCGCAGGCGGGUCUUUGGGGAAUAUUCUAAACCUACGCUGCAAUCUCUUAGUGAUCUAGGAGAUGCUAUUUCCUACCAAGAGAGGUAUGUCGAAGCCGAAGCCGUACACCGUCAAGCAUGGGAAGGUUGGAAGCAAGUUUUUGGGGAGGGUUGCAGCAAGACGUUGACUUCUCUUGACUCAUUGGCCGAGGCUCUUUGGCUCCAAGGCAAGCUUACCGAAGCCGAGAAAAUAUACCGAACAGUUUGCAAGAAACGCAAGGCAGUGCUCGGAACACACAACAUGACUGCACUUUGGACUCUUGUUGCCCUGGGCCAGGUUCUGCAAUCCCAGGAAAAGUACAACGUAGCUGAAUCAGUUUAUCGACAGGCGUGGAGGGGGCUUAAAGAAGCGUUUGGGGCAAACGACGAGUCCACACUUACCUCUCUUCUCAAGUUAGCCCAGGCCAUUGAAGGCCAGGAGAAUUACCCCAAAGCUGAAGCAGUCUAUCGAGAGGUUUGGGAGGGCCGUAAAGAACUACAUGGGGCAAAUCACGAGGAUACGUUUCAGUCUCUUGAGUGCAUAAUCUUUUGUCUCUUUCAGCAGGACAGUUACGCCAAUGCUGAAAGACUACAACGUCAGCUUUAUGAGAGUCGCCGGGAAGUCCUUGGAUCAAGACACGAGGACACCCUUACCUCUCUUCAUGCCCUAGGCCUAUUUCUAGAGUUUCAGGGAAAGUAUACCGAGGCUGAAACUGCAUUCCGGGAAGCUUGGAAAGGGCGCAGUGAGAAUUUGGGUGCAAAUCACAAAGACACUCAAGAAUCUCUUCGGUGCUUGCGUGACACGCUUCAUGAAACCUCACCAUUGCCAAAAUCGACAGACAAGAGUAAGGGCAAGAGUAAGCGCAGCUUAUGGAAACGUCUGAGCUCAUUUUGGGGAUAAUGCAG